AUGGAAAGAACUAACAAUGAAAAUCCUGAUGAUCCAGUGGUUUCACCAGAAGGAAGUGAAGGAAGACAAGGUGAUGGCCUGCGCCGCUCCUUCCGGCAGAGGAAAGCUGUUGAGCGCUACGAAUCUCCCUUGGAAAAUCUAAGAAAACGUAACGUAAGCUCGUCCAACUAUACUCCACCUGUCAAAGAGAGAGAUUCAAGCAAAAAACCUAAAAGGUCUCCUUCAGCCAACUCUCAGAAAGAUGAACUCCGAAUAAAGGGACCUCUGAAUGAUCACAUAAAAACAGAAGCAACUCGGAAAGGCAACUUCAAUGAAGUUCACAAGGAUCACUUGAAAAUUGGAGCAAGCCUGGCUGGUGUGGAGCAAAUGCAAAUAGAUGGUUCAGCACAAUUUCAUGGUGUGGGUGGUCUCUCUGACCACAUUUCAGCUUUAAAAGAGAUGGUCAUUUUGCCGUUGCUUUAUCCUGAUGUCUUUGAGAUAUUGAAAUUUAAGCCUCCAAGAGGCUGUUUAUUCUAUGGUCCACCAGGUACUGGAAAGACCCUGGUUGCUCGUGCACUUGCUAAUGAAUGUAGCAGAGGUGACAGGAAAGUGACCUUUUUUAUGAGAAGUGCUGCCGACUGCAUGAGUAAAUGGGUAGGAGAAUCUGAACGACAGCUGCGUUUAGUGUUUGAGCAGGCCUACCAGAUGCGACCUUCAAUUAUUUUCUUUGAUGAGAUCGAUGCUCUUGCUCCUGUACGGUCCAGCAAGCAAGAUCAGGUUCACAGCUCUGUUGUGGGGACACUUCUGACACUCAUGGAUGGCUUAGCCAGCAGAGGAGAGGUUGUGGUAAUAGGAGCGACCAAUAGACUGGAUUCCAUAGAUCCUGCCUUACGAAGACCUGGGCGCUUUGAACGAGAAUUCCGCUUCAACUUGCCAAACAAAGAGGCAAGAUUAGAAAUUUUCAAAAUUCACACACGAGACUGGACCCUGAAGCCGUCAGACAACAUACUUGAAGACCUGGCUGAGAAAUGUGUUGGAUUCUGUGGUGCUGAUAUUAAAGCCUUGUGUGUUGAAGCUGGGCUCUGUGCUUUGCGCCGCCGCUAUCCACAGAUACAUGAAAGUGACAAAAGACUGAAGAUAGAUGCCAGAUCGAUUAAAGUAACAGCAAAGGAUUUUGCCACGGCCAUGCAGAAGAUUGUUCCAGCAUCACAGAGAGCUGGGGCUUCACCUGGGAGAGCACUACCAUCUAUUUCAAAGCCUCUGUUAGAAAACACCCUUGAAAGAAUUUUACAAGCCUUGCAGAGACCAUUUCCCCAUGCAAAGCUUGCACUGAAGACUCAAGGGAGUUAUGGGAUUGACAGUGAUGAUGAUGACUCACCAUCAGUCUCUGAAAAGAAGCCUGAGAGCAAAAAGGCAGAAUUCCGCACUUUGAGCCGGUACAUGUUUGUCCUCUUUAUGAUAAAAACAUUGUUUAAUACUAAUCGUGAAGAAGUUUUCAAUAUCCCGCGGCCUACCUGUGCUGAAAGGAGAGGGUUUUAUGAGAACUUGAUUAUGAAGCAAGCUGCUGAACCCCCUGCAUCAAGAAACAAUGCAGAUUCACAGGUACACCCUUCUGCAAGAUGUUCUCAGGUGGAUGGGCAACCACAAGUAUUGGACAAGAAAGCAAUCAAAAUUCUAAAACGAGGAGUGUUUGUAGAUUACUCUGAGCUCAGAAAAUUGUUGGAUGCUGUCGUCACAGCAACUGAGAAUGUCAGUAUAUCGAGCAUGGCAAAACUAUAUUCUGUUCUUAGCAUGUGCAUUUAUCAACAGCGGGAAAAUCCAGACAAAACCAAAUUAGUGGAGAAAAAGGCAAUGGGUUCACCUACACAGGCCUCUCAAACCAGUUUAUCUGUCACUAGUCUUUCUGAAGAACUUUUCCAGCUCUAUAAAGAAGAUGGGGGGCUGUGA